CAAGAAGAAGAAGGAGAAGACGGAGAAGAAGACGGCCGAUGAGAACACUCAAAGAAGAAAAAGUGAUUUCCCCUGGCUUGGUCUCCGCUUCCUCUUGGCUCCUGCCUUAACUGAACCCGGCCACCCUACCACUGCUUCUUACACCUUCCCCCACCCUGAAUAAAGUCCCACCAAUGGCCGGACGAGGCGGACCUGCGCGGACCAACGGUGCCACGGCAGCCAGCAACAAAAUUUGCCAGUUCAAGCUGGUGCUGCUGGGCGAAUCGGCGGUGGGCAAGUCCAGCCUGGUGCUACGCUUUGUCAAAGGCCAGUUCCAUGAGUACCAGGAGAGCACAAUUGGAGCGGCCUUCCUCACACAGACGGUAUGCUUGGAUGACACAACAGUCAAGUUUGAAAUCUGGGACACUGCGGGCCAGGAGCGUUACCACAGCUUGGCGCCUAUGUACUACCGAGGCGCCCAGGCAGCCAUCGUUGUGUAUGACAUCACCAACACGGACACAUUCGCACGUGCAAAGAACUGGGUGAAAGAGCUGCAGCGACAGGCAAGCCCAAACAUCGUAAUUGCUUUGGCAGGGAAUAAAGCGGACUUGGCCAACAAGAGGGCCGUCGAUUUCCAGGAGGCACAAGCAUACGCGGAUGACAACAGUUUGCUCUUCAUGGAGACGUCGGCUAAAACCGCCAUGAAUGUGAAUGAGAUUUUUAUGGCUAUAGCCAAAAAGCUUCCCAAGAAUGAGCCACAGGGCGGGGCGGGCGGCGGCGGCCGGGCCCGAGGGGGCGUUGACCUACAGGAGGCCGCGCCCCAGGGUCGCAGCAGCCAGUGUUGUGGAGGCAGCAGCGGGGGCAACUAACCCUCACGAGGCUUCCUCUACAUCUCUGAUCCCUGCCACUUAACCAGCUCGGAUGAAGCGGACCAGAUACGAUAAGACAGCUGUCAAACAACGUCAUCGCGUUGGGACCAAAACACAGGGGAAAUUACAAACUGUUUGGCUGACGACAUCAUCAGCCUGGCGACCAAUCAUGUUAUAAAGCCCCCCCCCCCCCAAAAAAAACUCUUGAUGGUGGACUCUUAGGGGAACAAAAAUCCUAGUCAUGGUAUUAUUAAAAAUCAUGAAAGCUCACUUUUGUUUCUGUAUUUGUGUAGAAAAUUAAUGCAACAGGAAGGAAUGAAAAGAUGGAGAACAGGCAGACUUUCUUCCUGGUAGAACUGUGUAGCUGCAAUAUUGUCCUCUCAAUAUUAUAACAUCUAUUUGGCACUUCGAUUUAUUAUUUUUUUUUUAUUUUUAGACUACCCAACCAUAAAAUAGUAAUGCAACAUUAACAUCGGCACCAGCCAUAUGUAGUUUGAACAUUAAACAAAAAAACAAUGAGAUUGUUUUUUGUUGUAUUUGUAUGGAGAUUUGUGGAGUUCAUAACCAAUCAGAAACAAAACAUCUUACCCAUCUUUCUCAGCAUUAUUUUCUGAUGUUUGUUUUUUUUUUAUUUUGUUCCACGUCUUAAUUCUGGAUUUCUGAAUUUAUGGUAUUAAAUGCACUGGUUCUGUCUCAUGAUCUUUGUGAAUCGAUAUUCUCGACUCAGUGUUUUCCUGUCCCAUCAUCUUUGUGAAUCGAGUUGCUUGCCUUGGUUUUCUUCAUUUGUACUAUGCGUAGAAGAGUGAUGAGGAGAGUGGAGAAAAGAAAAUGUAAUUUUACCAAUAAACCUGGAGCAGUUAUA